AAUUAAGAAAAUGGCAUCGGACUUCCAGGCAAAAGUUGAUCAAGCAAGUGAAGCAGGGGAAGUUUUCUCCAAGUUGUAUUAUGAUAGCUUCGAUAAAAAGCGACAUGGUGUCCAUGAAGACGUUUGACUGUUACUAUGGUGACUGACAACUGUAAGCCGGGUCAACGCAAUGUUUUGUGCAGUUCAUUGAUGUCAGAUGCGAGACCUUGUCAAAGCAAAAAUAGUCAAUCAUUUUAGUUAAGACAUUUUCAUUGGUUUGUUAGAUUAUUUCUGCAAGGAAUUCAAUUUUAACUAGAAUUGUGAAAAAACAAUGGCAGAAAAUAUGCAGGUUCCUGUGGAAGAAGAGGAAGAAGUUUCUAGUAAGUGUCCUUAUACGGGUAUCGGCUUGGACGACACAAAUGACCCGGAUCAGUUUGAUAUUAAAAACCAUAUUCUCCAAAUGACUAUGGCAAUGAAUGUAAAAUCGCCAGACUCACGAGAGUUCUAUCAGGCUGUCCUGGAGAAGGAUAUAAAUGUGAUAGAGAAUUUGUUAGAACAGAAAAAGGUGGAUGUGAAUCAUAUAUUUAUAGGGAGGAGCCAAAUCCAGCCCUGGCAUCAAGGCUGUCGAGCCAUACACAUUCUCUCUGAGCAGCAUAAAGAGGAGAAGUCUAAAAGUACUGGAAUUCUGCAACUUCUGUUGAAAUACAAUGCAGAUGUGAUGCAGGGAAAUAGACUUGGGGAUCUGGCCAUCCACGUGGCUUGUAAGUCUGGUAACUACCAUGCUGUUCGUCUGUUUCUGGAACAUAAUUCAGAAUGUAAAGAUAUCAAGAACAACCAUGGUGUAACUCCUCUGAUCAAAGCUGUAUUCCAUUUCCGCCACCAAUACAAGAAAAGUUGCAUGAAGAUUGUAUACCUACUAGUCAAUGCAGGCUGUGAUGUUAAUCUGAGUCCAGACUCCGGAAUCAGUCCACUGCAUGUAGCUGUGAUAAAAGAUAAAGAAUUGACAGAGAUUCUAGUGAAAGCCGGAGCUAAUGUUAACGCCAUAUGUAAGGAAGGUAACAGCCCUUUACUGCGUGUAAUGUGUCAGAAUCAGAUACGCCAUGACACUGUCGAGAUGUUACUCAAGGCCGGAGCUGACACGAAAGUUUCCACGGCUCCCGGUCGUACUCCGCUUCACAUUGCUGUAUCUAAAAGUGACGAUUUAAGUGUGCAGCAUCUGUUGAAAUAUAACGCUGAUCCCAAUGUCAUGGAUAUGUAUCAUACCACUCCUCUGUGGCUGGCAGUCACCGAGCACAACAUGAAGAUUCUUCCCAUGCUGGUCGCUCAUGGGGGUGACGUAAACCUGCGCACAGAAUCAAAACAAUCCCUUCUCACUGUUGCCGUCUCAAACGGUGACGUAGACAUGACACUUCUACUGUUGAAGCUAGGUGCCAGACUGACCCUUGAAUUCAUCCGCAGCGAAAACCCAUUAUUCCAUGCAAUCAAAAAUCGUUCAUUGCCGUUGGUCAAAAUUCUGCUGCAGGAGAAUUGUCCGACAGAUUACCCACCAUACUGCAGUCCAGAGGUAACCGCCCAAAUGGUCAAGGAUCUAGAGAUCUUAAGUGUCAUGGUGAGAGCCGGAGCAAAGUUUGACUAUCAGACCCUAAACAGCAUUGGUAGAGAAUUGGACCAGGUCAAAUUCGAGGAGCUCUUCAAUGAUCACAUACAAAAUGUACCAACAUUACGCCAUAUGUCAAUCUUAAGAGUUCGUAAGAUACUGGGACUAGAUAUUAAAACCAAACUGCUGGAUUUGGUCAAAGAAAAUCAUCUGCCUCAAAGUCUGGUUCCCAAUUUACUGCUGAGCACCACCCUCCGGCUUUAAUUAUUUGGUACAAUUAUGGUUGAAUUUGUUUAAGUAUGUAACAUGUAUGUCAUGUAUGAAGGCAACUUUCUAAUCAUGCUUUUAGUUGUUGUAGCUCACCUUGUCUGAAGAGUCAUGUGAGCUUAUAAUUAUAUCGAGGUUCAAAUUUUGUUAUCCGUUGCCACUGCGACAAAUUUUCCAUAUAGAACUUCUAGACUAUUCCUAAUCCAGUCAGAGGAAAGAAACAUUGUUGGAUUAACAGAGUGUCUGUCCAAAUAUACUACAUGUAUGUAUGAAAUAUUUUCUCAUUGUUGAUUCAACACCCAGAUGGAUGAUGUAUUCAAGCGCUUUGAACAUCUUGUUAUUUUUUUUAAUACACGUAUUGAUUAUAUUUACAUUAUAAAUGUAUUGCCUAUACACGAGUUUCACUGUUUUGUUUUUGGGAUGAAUUGGUUCUAGCUAAUCUGUGAAAAAUUAAUUUUCAUUAUGAUGUACAAAGCAAAGCUUUUUAUAUAACCUGUAAUAUUUUUUAGUUAUCAAUUUGCCAGAUCAGACAAGAUUAUUUAAACACAGAUAUUAAGUGCCUGUCUUUUUGUCGUGCUUCUUAUAAGUAUUUACACAUGCAACAUGGGUUGAUGAUGUUGAAUAUUCAUUAAAUAGGAUGAAUAUAUAUAUAUAUAUAUUCAUAGAAUAGGUUGAAUUGAAUAUUCAUUAAAAGUUAAGUUGAAUAUUCAUUACAUGAUGAAUUUUCAUUAAAUAGUGUUGAAUAUUCAUUACCAGAUAAUUAGAUGUUGCUGAAUAUUUAAAAAAAAAAAAAUCAUAAAAAAGUGUUGAAUAUUUAUGAGAUGCUAUUGAAUAUUCAUUAUUACAGAAAUCAUACUAACAA